AUGUCACCACUCUUGCUUGUUGACUUUGACCAGACUAUUACAACAAAGGACACCAUUGCUCUCUUGGGACAGUUUGGUCUCUCUCUAAAGCAAAAUAAACCUUGGUCCUUCUUUGUUGACAACUAUCUCCAAGACUACAACAAAGUGUCUAUUCCAGACACCCAUACAGACUUUCGAUCGUAUGCUGCCAGUUUGGAUAGUUAUCGACCUGUUGAAAAAGCUUCUUUGGAGCGAGUGAGUCAAUAUAAAGUAUUUGAAGGUCUAACUCGACAACAACUGUUUGACCAAGGUGCUGAACACAGUAAAGAAUACCUUCGACCCCAUGUGAUAGAGACUCUUCAACAGCAUAGAGACCAUGUUCGUAUCGUCUCGCUCAACUGGUCCAAGGACUGGAUUCAAGGCUUCUUGAGUGAAUUAGAUAUACCCAAAGAGCAUAUCUAUAGUAACGAAUUGACAUUUUCCAAUGAAGGAAAGUGCACAGGUGACAUUGUGCCCACCAUAUUGACAGCAGGCGAUAAACAACGAGUGAUUGAGACAUUUAAACAAGGAAGAAGAGUGAUUUAUAUUGGUGAUUCCUUGGGUGAUAUUGAAGCAUUAGUGGAAGCAGACAUGGGCAUUAUCAUAGGCAAUAAUGCAUCUUUACUCUCAUCACUCAAGACAUUUGGUUAUCAUUCCCUUCACCGUGUUGAUGAUUGGUAUCAAAUACAACAACUCUUAGAACAUAAAUAA